AUGGCUGCAAAUCAGACAGAGUCCACGCUCGAUCAAGUUCCUCUCUUCGCCAAGGAACUUCUCGCCGGUGGACUCGCCGGCGGCUUUGCCAAAACCGCCGUUGCUCCUCUUGAGCGCGUCAAAAUUCUCUUCCAGACCCGAAGGGCCGAGUUUCAUAGCACGGGACUGUUCGGAUCAGUUUCAAGAAUCGCCAAAACCGAAGGUCUUUUAGGUUUCUACAGAGGAAAUGGAGCAAGUGUUGCGAGGAUUAUUCCUUAUGCAGCUCUUCAUUAUAUGUCUUAUGAGGAAUAUCGCAGAUGGAUUGUGCACAUUUUUCCUAAUGUUUGGAAAGGUCCUACGCUUGACCUUAUGGCAGGUUCACUCUCCGGAGGCACCGCUGUGAUUUUUACUUAUCCACUUGACUUAAUUCGGACUAAGUUAGCUUAUCAGGUUGUUAGUCCAACCAAGUUGAAUGUUUCUGGGAUUGUAAAUAAUGAACAAGUGUAUAGAGGGAUUCGUGAUUGUCUUUCGAAAACUUAUAAAGAUGGUGGCAUUAGAGGUCUCUAUAGGGGAGUAGCCCCGACACUCUUUGGAAUAUUUCCAUAUGCCGGUUUGAAAUUCUACUUCUAUGAGGAAAUGAAGCGUCAUGUCCCUGAGGAUUACAAGAAAGGCAUUAUGGCGAAACUCACAUGUGGAUCAGUGGCUGGUUUAUUGGGUCAGACUUUCACAUAUCCUCUUGAAGUUGUCAGGAGGCAAAUGCAGGUUCAAAAACACGCUGCAUUCGAUGAAGCUGAAUUGAAGGGGACUAUAAGAUCAAUUGUUUUGAUUGCUCAAAAGCAAGGCUGGAAGACGCUGUUUUCAGGGCUGAGUAUCAAUUACAUAAAGGUUGUUCCAUCUGCGGCUAUUGGGUUCACAGUUUAUGAUACUAUGAAACUGUGGCUGAGAGUACCAUCAAGAGAUGGACCAAACUAA